ACCAUAUACCCAUAACUUGAAACAUCUUUCUUUCUAGUACAAACACACUAUACUUUUAACAAAAUGAAGUCUUUUUAUAAUGGGUUUUCAAAAAGUCUAUCUUUUACUGUUCUAUUAGCUAUACUAAGCUCUUUUCUAAUUGUUGCUUCAGCUGGCAACUUUUUUCAAGAUUUUGAUCUCACUUGGGGUGAUCAUAGGGCCAAGAUUUUCAAUGGUGGUCAGCUUCUGUCACUUUCUUUGGAUAAAGUGUCCGGGUCGGGUUUUAAGUCCAAAAGAGAGUAUUUAUUUGGAAGGAUUGAUAUGCAACUUAAGCUUGUUGCUGGCAAUUCUGCUGGAACUGUUACUGCUUAUUAUUUAUCGUCCGAAGGACCAACACAUGAUGAAAUCGAUUUUGAGUUCUUGGGGAACACCACUGGUGACCCUUACAUCCUGCACACCAAUGUGUUUACUCAGGGGAAAGGAAACAGAGAACAACAAUUCUAUCUCUGGUUUGACCCCACCAAGAAUUUCCAUACCUACUCCAUCAUUUGGGAUUCAAAACAAAUUGUUUUUAUGGUGGAUAGUACUCCCAUAAGAGUAUUUGCAAAUGCAGAGAGGAAAGGAGUUCCGUUUCCGAAAAACCAACCUAUGAGGAUUCACUCUAGUUUAUGGAAUGCGGAUGAUUGGGCCACACGAGGCGGUUUGGUUAAAACGGACUGGGCAAAGGCACCAUUUACGGCUUACUAUCGCAACUUCAACGUGCAAGGUUCAACCACAUCAAAGUUCUCAAAUGGGGCUUGGAAAAGCCAACAACUUGAUGCAUAUAGUAGAAGAAGAUUGAGAUGGGUUCAAAAGAAUUUCAUGAUUUAUAAUUAUUGUACUGAUGCAAAGCGAUUUCCACAAGGCAUACCAGCAGAGUGUAGAUAAUAAUGGAGGUCUGUACUUGUGCAGGGUGUUUUAAUGUGUUUCUGAUUAAGAUUAUUACUAUAUAUUUAUAUCUUUGGUUUGUAAUGAAGUUCUUGUAAUUCAAUGUGUUAUGUUAAGUUAAUAAAAUAACUCGAUCCAUUUCCUCUCA